CCACUCAUUACGCUCUCCCGAACACAUUCUGCAGCGCAACCAUUGAAGAAUGGCAAAGAUAGAGGAGUGGGUGUCUCCCAAGCCCGAGCCGGCACGUGGCCCUAAAGGCCCGUCUCCGUUCCUGAAGGCCUACCUCGUCGCCUACAACCUCGUCAACGCUGCGGGCUGGCUGUACGUGUUCGUCGGCGCCGUCGCGCACCUCGCCGGCAACGGCGGUGCGCCAACGGGAGCAUCAGCCAGAUUCGCGUCGCUGUUUGCGCAGGCGCAUGCACUCGAGCAGUACGUGCCGGCAUCGCUCGUGCCGUUGCUCAGGCGUGCGGCGACAACACACAGCGCCGUCGGAACGCGCACGAUAGUCAUUCAGACGCUCGCGAUCCUCGAUGUCGUGCACUCGCUCCUCGGCUGGGUGCGCAGCCCGCUCGUCACGGUCGCGAUGCAGAUCGCGAGCCGGCUCUUCAUCGUGUGGGGCAUCGGCUACUUCUUCCCGAACACGUAUACACAUCCGGCAUACGCAAGCAUGGUCCUCUCGUGGUCAUUCACUGAGGUCCUCCGCUCCGUGUUUUACGCAUGCAACCUCCUCGGGAGCGAGCCGUACCCGCUGCUCUGGCUGCGCUACACGACGUUCUACCUCCUCUACCCGACCGGCGCGUCCUCCGAGGCGGCGCUCAUCUUCAGCACGCUCCCCCCGCUCUCGACCUUGUCGUCCUGGGGCUUCAUGGACUACUGCCGCGGCGCGAUGUUCUGCAUCUGGUGGCCUUCAUUGUAUGUCCUGUACACGCAUAUGAUCAAACAGCGCCGGCGCGUCCUCGGCGUCGGACCCGGGCGCACGCUCGGUUCCAAGCCGAAAUCACUCUAGAAAACCUAGCCGAGGGCACCCUAGAAAACCC